AUUAAAUCGGAAAAAAUUAAUGUUCAGCAUAAUAUUACAAAAACAUUAUUGUCAAGUGGUAAUUAUAUGUUAAGAAAAAGGCAACCUAGAUUAAUUAGAGAAAAAAGGGAUAUAUAUGUGACAAAGAAAACAGAUUUUAAGAUGACUUUGAGCCACUUAAUGAUGAUUAUGAUUAUGAAAUGAAAAUUAGACGUAAUUCUGCCAUACAUAUCCGUGUUUUUAGAAAAGAAGCAAUGGGUAUAUUACAAUGUAAAGCAAAAUGAAUUACAACUUAGCAGAACAAGCAAUAUUUGUACAGUUAUUUAAAAUACAUUAAGUAGAAUUAUCUUUUAAAUAAGUUCACUAUUUUUCUUAUUAUAUUGCAAUGAUUUUUUCUUUACAUGAAUUAGUACACUGGCUAGGUUUAACAAUUUUUGAAAUAUGGAUAAAUUUAGUUUCCUUAACAAUAUUCACAAUUCUAUUAGCCUUAAAAUUAGAUGAUAAUUAUUUCUUGGAACAGGCAGGAUGGUGGGUUGUUUUCUCACCAUUAUUUAUUGCAGAUGGCUUUAAUACAUACUUUUGUGCUAUCAUAUUUAUUCGUAUGCAUAUGGAAGGAAUGAUUCAAGUUGCCAUUUUAAGAGCAUUAUGGAGUUUAAUAUCAUUAUUACUAAUAUUUGUAUUUAAAUAUUUAUUAUGUAAGAAGCUUUCUGGACAAAGUGCUUUAGAGUAUUCAGAAGUAUUAAGUCCUGUUUUUAUUCUUCUACAACUAAUUGCUGUUAGAGCAUGUCAACUUCAUUGACCUAAACAAAAUGUAACAAGUAUGUAUGAAUCUAUAGUAAUAUUUACAUUUCCAUCACUUGUAAUAUAUGAUAUUGUCUAUAAUGUAUUUGCAUAUAAUGUAUAAUUAUAAGGAAUCAAAGAAUACAUGUAGUUGUAGGUACAAAUAUAACAUGAACUUUUAAAUACUAA